AUGCCGGAGAUUGAUGAGUGUUCGGGCGCAUUCCCCGUGACCCCAUCGCGUCAGGCCGGAGCAGAGGCAGACAGGAGCAGAGCACGGAUAGACCCACGGAGCUCGUCUUGUAAAAACAUCCCUCGACCUGCCAUUGUUAAACGGGCUCCCUCCGUCACGCCCCGAGGUGGUGACUCCGAAGCCCACACACCCCCCGUCCCGGCUCCGCUCCGCACGCCGCUGCUUUGGCACAGAAAAUCCCCCAUGAGCCCGCUUGCCUCUGAUGUAAAUCACAGGUAUAGUGGGGGAGAGAGCCAGGCUGAUGUAUUGGCACUGUGGCGUGAAAUCUCUGUUGACAUUACCGUCGGGCCGAUCCAGAAAAAGACUCGAGAGCAGAGAGAGCAGGGAGAGCAGGGGGAGAUAGGAGAGGAGGAGGAGGAAGAGGAAGAGGAGGAGGAGGAGGAAGAGGAGGAGGAAGAGGAGGAGGAGGAGGAGGAGGAGGGUGGAAGAUUUGCACCAGUCACUUUGGGCUUUUGCGAAAACCUGUGA